AUGAAUUUUACUUUUAGCUCUCUUCGGCUUUCUGAGAUAUCAAGCAGUCUAUCUCCGCUAUUGACACAUAGAAACACACUGCAAAGAUGCUAUUUCACCCAUCAAAUUAGUCCAAUAAUUUAUUCUUCGAAAUCUCAAAGCAUAUUUAAAACGAAAUUUUCCAAGAGCUUAAGUUCAGCAGUAGUCAUUCAGUCAGAGAAUGAUGUUACGAUCGAAAAUAUCGAAAUAAAAGAAAGUAUUUUCUCAGAUUUAAAGAAUUCGGAGCAAGGUGGUGCUGUUUUAGUAAAACAUCCACAAGCUUUUGUCAGAAUCUACAAAACGUUGUUCCUAGGAUGCUCUGCUACCACAAAUGGUGGCGGAUUAUACUGUACAAGUGCCAGAUUAAAUCUAUCUGAGUCGGCUUUCCAUGAAUGUUCAAUUUCUGACAUGGCAUGGAGUGGACAGGCUUUUCUAACGACCUGUAACUACGCUCAAGUUAAUACAACAACAGUUUUUUGUUGUGCAAUUUCAGAAACAUUACGUGGCUCAGAAGCUGCCAUACUUGUUGGAGGCGUGCAGUGUAUCUCCCAGCUUAACUCCAGCUAUAACAUAGCUGCUCAAUACGCAUCUGGACUUGCUACUUCAGAAUCAGUUUCAUUUUCACUCAAACUUUCACAAUUCUGGCAUAACCAAAGUCCAAAUCACAUGCUUGCACUCGUACAUAUACGACCUGAUGAUGAUAUUUCGUUUUGCAACUUUAUCAAAAAUACAGUUCCUGUUGAUGGUCUUUUCUACAUUAGUGGUGGUUAUUGUAUACUCAGGAAGUGUGUUUUCAAGCGAAAUACCGGAACAUUUGCUGUUUUUAACCAAGCAUAUGGUCCAGGAUAUUUAACAAUAGAAGAAUGCGAAAUUGACCUUCCAGAACAGAGAAUUAUGAGUGGACAAUAUAAUUUAUACAACGUCCAAUGCGUUUUCACUAAAAAACCAUCAAAAUUAGCCCUUCCAAGAAAUAGUGAGCUCAAUCCUGAUAAUUUGUACAGAAUGUAUAGAUAUAUUAAUAUCAAAUAA